UUCCCAUGUGGACAGGAAGUGACUGUCCCGAUGAGGAGGCGUUGCUUUCUCAUGUGUUCUCCCUCCUAACCCCAGGGAAGGGGCUAUUGGUCUUGGAUGGGCCCAAGUGGUUUCAGCACCGGAAAUUGCUUACCCCUGCCUUUCACUCAGACGUACUGAAGCCAUAUUUGGAUCUUUUUGUUGAGUCUACCAAAGAUAUGCUGAACAAAUGGGACAAGAAGAUUCAGAAGGACAAGUGUGUGAACAUCUUUCCAGAUGUGGGUCACAUGGCCCUGGACAGUCUGAUGAAAUGCAUUUUUGGAAGGAGCAGUAACAGCCAGACACAGAGUGACAUCAUAUACUAUGACGCCAUCAGGGAACUCACCUUGUUGAUGCAACAGCGAUUGGCAGCCUUCCAGUACCACAGUGACUUCUACUUUUGGUUCACACUUCAUGGCUGGAAGUUUCUUCAGGCCUGCAAGGUUGCUCAUGAUUACACUGACAAGGUGAUUAGGGCCAGAAAGGCUGCCCUGAAGGAGGAGGAGGAGCGGGAGAAAAUUCAGGGGAAGAAACGCCUGGAUUUCCUGGACAUUCUUCUUGGGCCUGGAGAUGAGAGCAAUACAAAGUUGUCAGAUGCAGACCUACGGGCUGAAGUGGACACUUUCAUGUUUGAGGGUCAUGACACCACCACCAGUGGCAUCUCCUGGUUUCUGUACUGCAUGGCCCUCUACCCAGAGCACCAGCAGCUAUGCUGUGAGGAGGUCCAGGACAUCUUGGGAAAUCGUGACACCAUCCAAUGGGAAGACCUGGGGAAAAUGACCUACCUUACCAUGUGCAUCAAGGAGAGUUUCCGCCUAUAUCCCCCAGUGCCCCAGGUAUAUCGCCAGCUCAGUAAGCCUGUUACCUUCAUGGAUGGGAAGUCGCUACCUGAAGGCAGCCUGGUCUCUCUCCACAUCUAUGCUCUCCACAGGAACCCAGCGGUGUGGGACAAGCCUGAGGUGUUUGACCCCCAGCGCUUCUCUCCAGAGAAUUCCUCUACCCGUCACCCCUAUGCAUUCAUCCCCUUCUCGGCUAGGCCUAGGAACUGCAUUGGGCAGCAGUUUGCCAUGACGGAGAUGAAAGCAGUCAUAGCCAUCUGUCUCCUCCACUUUGAGUUUUCUCUAGAGCCCUCGAGGCCAGCCAUCAAACGGCUUCAGCUCGUCCUGGGCUCUAAGAAUGGCAUCUACCUUAACUUGAAGAAGUUGACCUAGGAAGGAGGAGAGCCCAGAGCUGUCUUGUGCAUAGUGGGGGAUGAGGGUGGGAUAGCGGCGUGGUGCUGAAGUACCUUUGCUGCUGCACAUUGAACGUGUCCCUGGCCUCCUGGGAGCUUAGAGUCCGGGACAGGAAUGACGAUAGACACAGAUCCUAGCGUGUUGAUUUUUCUCUCUACUUGGACACACACAUAUAGCUAUAUAUGCAAGAAAUAUCUUCUAAUAGUAUAGAAACAUCUCAUAUCAUACCAUAUUGUAUCAGUUUGCAAGACCUCUUUGAGGUCUGUAGUUUAAACUCUUCAUAUUACAGGGGAGGAAACUGGGGCUCUGAGUUACCUUGCCUUCCUUCAAAGCCUGGUUCGAUGCCACCUCCUCCAGGAAGCCUGUCUCAGUCUCCCCAACUGUUAGCACUUAUCUUCUGUAAUUUAUAUUGUGUGAUAUUAUAUACACUUAGCAGCUACUUAUGAACAUUUUUUUUUAUUCCUGGGUAGAAUGGAAGCUCUUUGAGGGCAGGGCCUGAUUCAGCUUUGUCUUUGUACUUCCAGCACCUAGCACAGUGCCUGGCACAAAAGAGAAUCCUGAUAAAUGUUUUUGAAAUAAAUUAGACAGAGGACAGUGUGGACAAAGGCAGAGAAGCUGGAGAGCCCUGGGCAUUUGCAGGGGGCAGGGAGUUCAGUUUAGGUGGAGUUUGGAGGGCAAGGUCUGUCUAUGUAAGGCUGGUGUUGGGAGAAGGAAUAAUAGUAAUCAAAUUACCUACAUUUAUGUGUCAUUUAAACAUUUACAAAGUGUUUUAUAUAAACCUUACAACAGCACUGUGAUGUAGGUGUUAUUAGUAGCUCCAUUUUACAGAUAAGGAAACUGAGGCUGAAAGAGGUUAAAGGCCUUGA